ACAACUCUCGUAUCAAUUCAGUCAUCUAUCUUCUCUUUUGUCAGUGAGAUAACUGUAUCAAGUUGCUCAUUUAGAUAACCAGAAAUGGCAAAGAGCAGUAUUUCAUCAGCUAUUUCAUUUCUUGUUAUUACAAUGAUGAUACCGUCAAUGGUUGUUGAUGCAAGGCAUUUGUUGGCUAGCACUGGUGGUUUGCUUGGGGGUACCAGUCCAGGUGGCUUAUUCGGGACCGGAAACACAGGUGGAACAAACUUUCUCGGAGAUACCAACACAGGCGGCACAAAUGUGCUUGGGGACGGCAACACAGGUGGCACAAAUGUGCUCGGGAAUGGCAACACAGGUGGUGUAAACGUGUUGGGGAACGGCAACACAGGUGGUAUAAAUGUGGUCGGAGAUAAGAACACAGGUGGCAUAAAUGUGCUCGGAGACAAUAACACUGGUGGCAUAAAUGUGAUGGGUAAUAGCAACACAGGUGGUGUAAAUCUGCUUGGUGAUAACAACACCGGUGGAAUAAAUGUGGUAGGAAGCACCAACACAGGUGGUGUAAAUCUGCUCGGAGACAACAACACAGGUGGCAUAAAUCUGCUCGGAGACAACAACACUGGUGGGGUAAAUGCGCUUGUGGGAAGCUGAAGAUUCAGUUGGCACAAGUGAAGAUUGAAUGACACAAAGGAUUAACGUGGUUCGGCUCUUUAAGCCUACAUCUACAAGAGAGAAGAGAUGAUUCUUUCUUAUUAAGAAUCUGUAACAGUACAAUGGGGAUGGUAACCUUAUAUAUGUAUCUAUUACAUAUAGAUGAUAACCUUCCUGAUAUAGAGAAGAUAUGAUCUGUAAAA